UUGCGCGGGACGGCGAUUGAACCGAGUUGUCUUCGUACUGCUCCAAAAACCGACCAAGUACCGUAUCCAUAUUUGUCGCCCUCUCCCUUACCGGUACUUCGACCUUGCGCAUACAUUCGUCUACGUUCUUCAACCUUAACUCCCAGCAGUCUCCCGCUCGCCUCAAGAUGGCCGACGCUGUGUCCAUCGAGCAGAACAAUAAGAUCCGAGCUGCGCUCGGUCUGAAGCCCCUCCCUGUCCCCGGCGCUCAACACGAUGAUGACUCGGAUUCAUCUUCCGGAGAUGAGGAAGAACCUGGAAGUACCCUUGAGUCGCGGGAGGCGAUGGCCUCGGAGAACUGGAAGCGAAUGCAAGACGAGGCCGAAGCGAAGCGGAAACGCGAGGAACGCAACAUCGCCAUCAAGAAGGCUAGGGACUUAGCUCAGCGGAAUGCCAAACUCGAGGGCGCCACACUCGGAGAGGCAGAGACAGAAGAUACUAAGACCUGGCUGAUGCAAACCAAAAAACGCCAGAAGAAGAUCGAAAAGGAACGGGCACGUCGUCUGGCGGAAGAGCUGGAGGAACGCGAACGGGCAGCGGAGUAUUCGGCGGCAGAUCUCGCCGGCAUCAAGGUCGGCCACGAAAUUGACGACUUCGGCGGCGGCGAGGAUCAUAUUCUGACGCUCAAGGACACGACGAUUGACGAGAACGAGGAGGAAGGAGAUGAGUUGGAAAACUUAGAUCUGAGGGAGAGAGAGAAAGCCACGGAGCGGUUGGAGCUGAAGAAGCGGAAGCCAGCCUACGAUCCUACGGCAGAGAACACUGGAAUCUUGGCACAAUACGACGAGGAGAUCGAAGGCAAGAAGCGAAAGCGGUUCAUCCUCGACUCGAAGGGAUCAACCGCCGAGGAGCGAGAGGCCAAGCGCCAGGAGAUAACGGAGAAGCUCAACAAGAAUGUCAUCAGCUUGGAUCUUGAUAUGGAGACUCCCACAUCCGACUAUAUGGACAUCAGCGAGGUCAAGAUCAAGAAACCGAAGAAGAAGAAAGCCAAGGCCACUAAACAGCGGGCUGUUCUGGAUGACGAUGACAUAUUUUCCACACCCGCGUCGACAGCUACACCAAACGAGAAUGCUAUGGAUUUGGACUCCAGUAAUGGGCAACCGGUCUCUGCACCUGCGCCACGAAAGUGGGAAGAUCAAAAUAUCUCCCUCGUCGAUGAUGAUGACCUACAGGCCUCUUUGACUCGCCAACGAAGGGCUGCCUUCAAGAAGCGGCAAAAAGUUCGCCCAGAGGACAUUGCCCGGCAACUCAGAGAGGAAAGCUCGCAGACACCGAUGGAUACCGGAACACCUGCUGAGAACGGGGAAGAACCUGGCCUUGUCAUUGAUGAGACCUCCGAGUUCGUCUCCAAUUUGCAGAAACCUAUGCUUCCCGAACGCGCCGAAAGGCAAAGCAUCACACCUGCCGAAGAGCUUCGUGCCAAGAGCGAGGGACCUAGUAUCAAAGAAGAGGUCGAGGAGGACGGCGAUGUGGACAUGUCUCGGACAUACAAUGAUAUAGAGGAUGAAGAGGAUCUCAAAGAACGCAUCAAGCGCGAGGAAUCACUGGCUCAGCAGCAAAUCAGCACUACUGGUUUGGACGAGGAAGCUACACUUGAUCAGGGUCUCGGUGCUACGCUCAAUAUGCUGAAGCAACGUGGCCUAGUCAAAUCAUCCGAUGCUGCAGACCACAACUCCCUCCUACGCGAUCGUUCACGUUUCUUACAGGAGAAGAUGCGCAUGGAGACCGAAGCAGAGAAACGAGCCCGGCAGCAGCGUGAACGCGAUCGAGCAUCGGGCAAGCUCGACCGCAUGUCUGCCCGAGAGCGAGAGGAGUACGCUCGCUGGGAGAACAAACAGCGUGAUCAACAAGAUGCGCGCCAUAUGGCGGAAGUGUUCAACCGUGAGUACAAGCCUGACGUUCAGCUCAAGUAUGUGGACGAAUAUGGCCGAGCAAUGAACCAGAAAGAAGCAUUCAAGCAUCUCAGUCACCAGUUCCACGGCAAGGGCAGUGGUAAGAUGAAGACGGAGAAACGUCUCAAGAAGAUUGAGGAGGAGAAGAAGCGCGAGGCCAUGAGCGCCUUGGAUAGCAGUCAACACACGGGCAUGAACAAUGCCAUGGGGGCGACUGCUCGAAAGAACCGUCAGGCCGGUGUACGACUGGGUUAGGGGCUACAUCUUCGAUAUAAUUUCUGCCAUGGUUGUCGUCGUCGUCGUCGCCGCCGCCAGUUAUGAUACUAUUCAGCUCUAUGGCUGGAGAUAAUUUGAUGAAUGGUGUGGUUGAGAACGCAGCCACUCGUUAUGCUGUAUGUACAAUUAUAUUUAUACCAUUAGAGACAGCGUGGGAUU